UAGUUUCCCGUCGUUUAUAUACAUUUCAUCCGCUUAUAUAAGUUACAGUAAUCAAGAACAUACACAUAAAACUAUUAUUAGAGACAAGACGGCUCGGAGUCGGCCCGGUGCAUCAGCUGAGCCAGCCGAGAGGACUGCCGAGGACGGAGGUCGCCGCCAUGCCGAGGGUCCACUACAGAGACGUGUCCCCCUUCUUCAGGAGAGUGCGGGUCUUCCUCCUCGGGCGUGAUCACACCAGUGCCCUCCGCCAGGCUGACUUUGUGGUGUGCCGCUCCCAGCCCCCGCCUGACUUGCCCAAGGGCGUCAGCGCAGCCAUCUCGGGGAAUUAUUAUUACAUGCGGGAUGGGCGGCGAAGUGUUGAUCCCAAUGAGGUGGUGGCCAUCAACUCCUCCAGCGGACCCACUGUCCUGCUGAGUGCUGAGAGCGAGGGUGACGCUGCUGUGACCGUGGCUGCCAAGAAGCCCAAGUUGCCUGGCGUCAUGCACAACUUUGACUAGUGCCACCUUCCCUUUGAAGUGGUGCCGGCAGGGGGGGUGUAUAGCGGCGGGGCUGUAUAUAGUGUAUGGACCUAGAAAGAGUGCCAGGUCAUCUGAAGUCACCAGUAUUUGUCAUCUUCAUUUUCUACUUUUUCUGUAACAAUUCUUGUUAUUGUAAUCUACAUUGUUUGAAUCAUGUCAGGACAACUAAAUUAGAGUGAAGGAAUUAACUAUGCUGAUCCAGUAGCUAUGGUGUAUAUUUGUUCAUAUAUGAAAAUUAAAUUUAUUGAUUUGAAAAAAUAUCAUCUUUGAAGUUGUAUUAUUUGAUGCUGAAAGACAAUAUACUUGAUAUCAGGUGACUGAUAUACUUUUAAGGAUAUUAAAUUAUUGAAAAGUUAAUAAUUUUCAAAA